AAAACUUAUUUUUGAAAGAAAUAUAAUCUAAAAAAAUACCAACCGUUAUGUUACAACCGAAGUUAAAAUUAAGUUAAAGUUUUGCAAGUUUGACUGUUUUUACUAAUGAUUGAAAGCUGCAGUACAGAGUGUAAUUGUAUACGGUUAUUGUAAAGAAAAUAAGUGAAAUCAUGAAAGAAAUGUUGACAAAUCAAGCUACCUCAGGAUAUAGUAACUCUUUUGUUAACAAUAAUGGGGAUACUAACAGCAAUAAUGCAACCGACAAUAACUCGAGGAGAUAUGCAGUGCUCAGCACUGAUUGGAUAUCUGCAAUUGGAGAAGAAUUAGGAAUGCAUCCUCUGCCUGAUUCAUUAUUGCGGCGAUUGGCAGAGGAUGCAUCUUAUCGUCUAAGAGAAGUUCUACAUAAAUGUGUAACAAGACUAAAACAUAGCAAGAGAAAACGUUUGACAUCCACAGAUGUAAAUGCUGUGAUUACCAACCUUUGCGAUGUAGAUCCAAUUUUGGGUGCACCAGAAUUUUUGCCAGAGUAUCACACAGAGGCCAGAGUGUUUGUUCCUAAUGAAUGUAUUAUUAAUCUAGUACAAGCAAUAAACGAUCCACUUAGUAUAUCACAGAGCAAUGUACCUUUUAUUCAAGAAUCAGAAAUAUGUGAUGCCAGACUUGCUGAAGCACGUAACAAUUAUGCAAAACGUGCAUUAAAGACUUUAUUCAAUGGGUCUCAAAAAACAUUCCAGGUCUUAAUUAAUGAUUGUGCAACAAAUGCACAUUUGGGUGGCGAAGGUGUUAUAGAUAAAUUGAUGUCUAUUGCUAGGUCCAUGGUGAUAUCAAAUAAUGCACAAUACACCAGAGUAUCUACUCGAACAUGCCAGCUUAUCAUUGCAAUCGCAAGUAACAGUGAAGCUGUUUAUCCAUAUCACUUAACUUCGGUAGAUAAGUUGACCGAGCUACUGUUAGAGUUACUUUUAGGACAGAGUUUUAUCAAUCAAAAUCUGGAAGCGCUUUUCAAGGAAUGCGCACUGAAACUAAUGCUUCGUUGGCCGUCCGUUGCUGAUAAAAUCAUAUCCGUUGAAAGGUAUAUUCCCACAUUGGAGAACGUCCUUUUAAGGGAAGAGAAAGAAAUUACCGUUGGAAGCAAGAAAAAGACGACAGCUAUGGAAUUGCUGGCGAGUGUUCAGCCAUUAAUAUUUUUUCAACACGAGUCAGAAUCUGCGCUUUCCGUGGAAAAUGUUCUAAAGUACGCACCACCUGGCUCUGCUCUUUGGCAAAGGAUAGCUUUAGCUAUCUGUGCCCUCGUAAAGUCACAGUCUCAUAACUUGAAUACUACGGUUUUUAUGGAACAUUACGGGGAUUCCUUACUGCCGUACCUACCAGCCGAUUAUAAGAGUACAGUGAAUGCGUUUAGGAAACCCACCCUACUUCCUAUAACUAUCAAAAGUAAGGUGAAAUACGUUAACAUCAGACCUGUGGCGGCUAGUCGAAUGUUAUGGGAUCGACAAUCAGCAUUUCCCGAUUCUACUUUACGAGGACCCAGACGAGAGAUUAGGUUUGCCUUUGCUGGUGGGCGACCUGUACCACCAAACAAUUUAAGACGAGUCAGUUUAAGGGCAAAUUAUCAAAUUCUAAGAAGCGACCUUCAGGCUACACUGGCUCUUGUCGCGUCACGAAGAUUGCUAGUGCUCAAAGACAAAAGGAAAAGACCUUGUGAUACUUACGAUUUAGUAUACUGUUGUUUGUAAAUUUUUAUUCGUAGAAAAUAGUGUAGUAGAUGCUGUGCAUCUAAACUUAAGAUUGACAUAAUUUCGUUUUGUUAUCGUUAGUGGUUUUAGUGGAAACAAAGUUAGUUUUAUUUUUAAAUUUUGUUUGAAAAUAUAUCGAUUUUAACAUUUCUUCGUUAAUGUGAGAAAACAUUUUGUAUAGUAACGCGUGUAUAUAAUGUUCAAGUUCCAUUAUUUAUGAUCUUACUUACAAUAGUAUCAUGUUUUUAUAAUAAUGUCUCCUGUAAAUUGGUAUAAACAUAUAUACAGUAAAAAAUUUAUUAAAACAGAUGAAGGAAUAACUGAUGUAAGUAGUAACUAACCUCGCCCAUUAGAUGAAUUUUCAUUCAUUUAAAGACGA